AGGUAGUUAGCACCAUUUUGUAAGGAAAGGAGAGAGGGAGAAUAGGCUGGCCUCAGUUUAUAUAUACAUUUUUAAGCAUAUACUGUUUUAAUCACUGUAGCUAGCUAGUGUAGUUCGUAUUUUAGUAGUAUCCGUAAGAGCAAGGUGAAAUAAAACAUCUAGUGAGUAGUGGAUCCAGAUCUGUCGGUUGUAACUAGCUUAACGUUCGCUGCUAACGUUAACCGCUCAAGCUAAGGAGCUUGCUAGCAAAGUGAUACACGAGUAUCGGCAAAACAAGCAACGAUCAAAAGUUCCAGUGAAGUCAAAAUGAGUGCUCCCUCCUCCCAAAAAGUUGUGCUGAAAAGCACCACCAAGCAGUCCCUGAAUGAGCGGUGAGACGCGCUACGCACCCUGACAGCACUAAGCGAGGCGAAGGUCGAAAAAGUGGUACAGACGGCCCUAGUGGGCUCUACUACGGAAGGCCACUGUUGGGGACCAGACAUGGACGCUAGGCUGCCCGGGGCAGACGUGUGCGCUGCUCACUCAAAAUGCAUGCCAUAUUCACUCUUUGCUGACAUUAGAAGUUUGGAGUGCCUUUUGUGUGAGCAGCGCACACUUAGACCCAAGGAGAGAGGGUAACAGUGAUGCUUGCUUCACUACCAUGCUGAAGAACAAGGCGCCGACAGCGGUGAGUGUACGAGCUACCAUGCAGCAGCAACACAUGGCCAGUGCCCGCAACCGCCGCCUCGCCCAGCAAAUGGAGAACAGGCCCUCUGUGCAGGCUGCUCUGCACCACAAGCAGAGCCUGAAGCAGCGCCUGGGGAAGAGCAACAUCCAGGCCAGGCUGGGCCGGCCCAUCGGGGCCUUGAUGCGGGGGGGUGCUGGCGGCCGGGGAUUCGCUGUUGGAGGGAUGCGGGGGAUGACGAGAGGAGGCCUGCGAGGUCGCGGCAGAGGAGCCCUGAGGGGCGCUAUGGCUCUGAGAGGGAAUCGCCUUUCCCCAGGCAUGGGCCAGAUGCGUGGCAGAGGGGGUCCAGGCCGUGUGGCCCUCCGUAGAGGGAUGCGUCAAAGAGGUGGUCGUGGAGGUGCCUUUGGCAGAGGAGCUGGAAGAGGAGUGGGAGCCAGGGGACGAGGUGGUCUGCGUGGGCGUGGUGGCUUCGCUGGCAGGGGUGGUGGCCGCGGUCGCGGGGGUGGAAGAGGAGGCCGCGGCAGGGGAGGUGGCCCAGGAAUGACCCGCGAGCAGCUGGACAACCAGCUUGACGCCUAUAUGUCCAAGACCAAGGGCAACCUGGACGCUGAGCUGGACGCGUACAUGGCCCAGGCUGACCCAGAGGGCAUGGAGUGAACAAGGACCUCCACCGCGAGCGUAGGGACUCCUUCAAUAGGCCCACACUGAGACAGUGCUGAUAACAUGAAAGACGCAGAGAGAAGCUUGUAUAGUACUAUUACACCAAACAAAUGUAAUGAUAAAUGCACUUACGUAAACUCUGUGCACUGUCUCACAUUACAUGGAUAAAAUUUGUGAUGUGAUCACAACCUCUGCUUGAAUAUAAAACUCACAUUCACUGACGCACAUGCAUACAAACACACUUGUUCUAAAAUUGUGGGCCUAUGAAGAGAACUGUUCGAAAUUGAACUUUUUCCUGAAUGUGGACUUGACCAUUCUAUCAGUAUCAGUACAAAGUAGACUCGCACCGGCACAGUUUGAAACCUUUUUCCUGUGUGUGCAUGAAGAAUGCAAAGAUCUUUUAAACUUGAAUGGACGACACUGACCGGAGUAGACUUAAAGAACCAACAUCAUCAACGCUCCUGAAAUGCCUGCUUUUUGGACCAGAAUCUCUUGGCAGAAUCUGUUUUGAAGCUGAAUUGGGACUAUUACCGAACUUUGUGUCUAUGUCCAUAUGGUUAAAAGUGCUUUAGCUCCAUCAUGUCUAACUAGCAUCCACUUCUUAUAUUUCGUAAACCUAUUUUUUACUGCCAUGUUUUUAUGUUAGGAUUUGUAUUUAGUAGUGGAUGCUCCUUUUACUGUGUUAGCAGAAGUGUACAAGGACGUGACUCUCGGGUAGAAAAAUCAAAUGAAAAUUACAAGGGGAAUUCUAGAAAAAUCUUGUGUUUUUAUUCUAUUUAACGCCACCAUCUUAAGCUUUGCUUCUGGAGAAUUUAAAUAUGUUGCUGUCUUUGGUUGAAACUCCCCUAACAGCAUUUUAUGGAUGCUUGUCAUACCAAAUAAGCAACUACACGAGAUGCUAAAUAUUUCAAUCCAAGUUGCAAAGGUGUGCGAGUGGUCUCUUCCUCCCCCCCUGGUGUCAAUUGUAAGAAUUUGAGAUGGUCUAUAAAAAAACGGGUUGUUGUACACCACUCAUAAAGUGAGUGAAAAUGUUUUCAGAUUGUGUCCAACUGGAUGAAACUAAACUCCAAAUGCUAUGUAAUUCCCUCUCCUUCCAACUGGUUAUUGUCAUAGAAUAGAGAAUAAACGUUCAUCUUCUUUUAACAUA